UUCGCGUUGCCGCUACACGCCGAGGGCCACCGCUGUCGCCACAGAGCGGGAUACAGGCGGUCCCCUGCAGGAAUCAAGCGCUUCACCGGACGGAGAGUUACCGGCGAGACGACCCGGAGGUCUGGAGGUUUGCAUGCGGCGAAGUUCCCCCCCUGAGAUGUAGCCAGCAGCGUGAGCGUGGGUCGUUGUAAUCGCUCGGUCGCUGCAUGGCUCUUCCCGGGGAUGCCGUGAAAAUCGGAGCAGCCGCCUGAGAGACCGCUGCUGCUCGCUAUCACAGACACGGCGGCGGCGGUGGUGGAGAGCGAUGGAUACUGGUGGAAAGAUCCACAUUAGGUAGCGUUUGCGAAGACCCAAGGAGAGCUGAACGUCUCUGUUGCACAGUUUAGUAACUGCCGGAGCCGUCUGAAGGAUGGAUUUCAGCCUGCUCCGGAAUAUCAUCCGCAGAUAUUGUGAGGGGGAGGAGAACUGGGUGGACAGUCGGACGGUGUACAUCGGGCAUAAAGAACCCCCUCCAGGAGCUGAGGCCUACAUCCCUCAGCGUUACCCUGACAACCGCAUUGUCUCCUCCAAGUAUACUUUCUGGAACUUCAUUCCCAAGAACCUGUUUGAGCAGUUCCGAAGAAUCGCCAACUUCUACUUCUUGGUCAUAUUUCUGGUCCAGCUUAUCAUCGACACCCCCACCAGCCCAGUCACCAGCGGCCUGCCCCUCUUCUUUGUCAUCACUGUCACCGCCAUAAAACAGGGCUAUGAGGACUGGCUCAGACACAAAGCUGACUGCUCCAUAAACGAGUGUCCGAUGGACGUGGUGCAGCAGGGAAAGGUGGUGAGGACACAGAGUCACAAGCUACGGGUGGGGGACAUCGUCAUGGUGAGGGAGGACGAGACUUUCCCCUGUGACCUCAUCCUGCUCUCCUCCAGCCGUCAUGAUGGCACUUGCUAUGUCACCACCACCAGCCUGGAUGGGGAGUCUAGUCACAAGACCUAUUAUGCUGUACCAGAUACCAUGGCCUUUAGAACGGAGCAGGAGGUGGAUUCGCUACAUGCCACUAUUGAAUGUGAACAACCGCAGCCUGACCUCUACAAAUUUGUGGGACGCAUCAAUAUUUACAAGGACAAAGAAGAGCCUGUGGCUAGAGCUCUUGGGGCUGAGAACUUGCUCCUAAGAGGAGCCACACUGAAGAACACACAGCAUAUUUAUGCUGUUGCGGUCUACACUGGCAUGGAGACAAAGAUGGCACUUAAUUACCAGUCUAAAUCUCAAAAGCGCUCUGCUGUGGAAAAGUCGAUGAAUGCCUUUCUGAUAGUGUAUCUGUGCAUCUUGAUUAGUAAAGCGGUGAUCAACACUGUUCUGAAAUACGCUUGGCAGUGGUCCCCUGACCGAGAUGAGCCCUGGUACAACCACAGAACUGAAAAUGAGCGCCAGCGGCAUGUGGUGAUCCGAGCAUUCACAGACUUCCUGGCUUUCAUGGUCUUGUUUAACUACAUCAUCCCAGUGUCUAUGUAUGUGACGGUGGAGAUGCAGAAAUUCCUCGGCUCCUAUUUCAUCACCUGGGAUGAGGAAAUGUAUGAUGAGGAGCUGGGAGAGGGAGCUCAGGUCAACACUUCCGACCUGAAUGAAGAGCUGGGACAGGUGGAGUAUGUGUUUACUGAUAAGACUGGCACUCUGACUGAGAACAACAUGGAGUUUAUUGAAUGCUGUGUCGAUGGGAACGUCUACAUCCCGCAUGCCAUCUGCAACGGGCAGAUCCUCAGCGCUGCUUCCAGUAUAGACAUGAUUGAUUCCUCACCUGGAGGAUACAGGAGGGAACACGAGGAUCUGUUUUUCCGGGCACUCUGUCUGUGCCACACGGUGCAGGUGAAGGAGGAGGAGACGGUGGAUGGUAUUAAGAGAGGCAUCCACCAGGGCAGGCCCACCUCCUUCUACAUCUCCUCCUCACCGGAUGAGGUGGCUUUGGUGGAGGGAAUGAAAAGGCUAGGUUACACCUAUCUGAGACUGAAAGACAACUACAUGGAGAUCCUCAACAAAGACGAUGAGAUUGAAAGGUUUAAGCUGCUCCAUGUGCUGAACUUUGACUCUGUCAGGAGGAGAAUGAGCGUCAUAGUCAAGUCAAGCUCAGGAGAAUACCUGCUCUUCUGCAAGGGCGCAGACUCGUCCAUUUUUCCACGGGUGGUGUCUGGGAAGGUGGAGCAAGUGAAAGCCCGGGUGGAGCAGAAUGCUAUAGAGGGGCUGCGGACUCUGUGCGUCGCCUAUCGAAGGCUGUCAGAGUCUGAAUAUGAGGAGGCAUGUCAUCACCUGACCGAAGCCAAGCUGGCCCUGCAGGACAGGGAGCAGAGGCUGGCGCAGGCCUAUGACAUCAUCGAGAGGGACUUUGUGCUUUUGGGUGCCACAGCAGUGGAGGACAGGCUCCAGGAGAAAGCCGCAGAUACCAUUGAGUCACUGCACAAGGCCGGGAUGAAAGUUUGGGUCCUGACGGGAGACAAGAUGGAGACGGCGGCGGCUACCUGCUACGCCAGUAAGCUGUUCCGUCGAAGCACGCAGAUCCUGGAGCUGACCAAGAAACGCACAGAAGAGCAGAGUCUGCAUGAUGUUCUGUUCGAACUAAACAGGACCGUUCUCAGACAACGCUCUAUUUCUGGGUUGUCAGUAGACUGCCUCGACUUUGGUCUGAUCAUCGACGGGGCCACUCUGUCUGCAGUAUUAAAGCCUAACCAGGCGUGUGCUGGCCACGGAAACUACAGAGAGAUCUUUCUGGAGAUCUGUCGCAACUGUAGCGCUGUGCUCUGCUGUCGCAUGGCACCACUUCAGAAAGCACAGAUUGUGAAGCUAAUUAAAGCUUCCAAGGAACACCCCAUAACCCUCGCCAUUGGCGAUGGAGCCAACGAUGUCAGCAUGAUCUUGGAAGCACAUGUGGGCAUUGGGAUCAUGGGUAAAGAAGGCCGACAGGCAGCAAGGAACAGUGACUAUGCCAUCCCAAAGUUUAAACACCUGAAAAAGAUGUUACUUGUUCAUGGCCACUACUACUACAUCCGAAUUGCUGAGCUUGUUCAGUACUUCUUCUACAAGAAUGUAUGCUUCAUCUUUCCUCAGUUCCUGUAUCAGUUCUUCUGUGGGUUCUCCCAACAGCCUCUGUACGACACCGCCUAUUUGACGUUGUACAACAUCAGCUUCACCUCACUCCCAAUCCUCCUCUACAGCCUGUUUGAGCAGCAUGUCACCAUGGAGACACUCAAGAGGGAGCCCUCCUUGUACAGGGACAUAGCGAAGAACUCCCUCCUCCGCUGGCCAGUCUUCCUGUACUGGACGUGCCUGGGUGUGUUUGAUGCUGUUAUCUUCUUCUUUGGUGCCUACUUUCUGUUUGACAACACCACCUUCACCAGCAAUGGCCAGCUUAUGACCACCAACACACAGAUGAUGUUUGGGAACUGGACCUUCGGGACUCUUGUCUUCACUGUGCUGGUGUUCACCGUCACGCUCAAGCUUGCCUUGGACACACACCACUGGACCUGGAUCAAUCACUUUGUCAUCUGGGGGUCACUACUUUUCUACGUUAUUUUCUCUCUUCUCUGGGGAGGCAUCAUUUGGCCCUUCCUCAACUACCAGAGGAUGUACUAUGUGUUCAUGCAGAUGUUGUCUAGUGGUCCGGCCUGGCUCAGCAUCAUCCUACUUAUUACGGUCAGCUUGUUGCCAGAUGUCAUCAAGAAGGUCCUCUGCAGGGCCAUGUGUCCCACAGCCACCGAACGUGCACAGGAUCAUGAGAGUCUUUCGUGGGGGGGCGUGGCCGAGUUGACUCCACUGUCCUCUCGUCGCUCCUACAAAGGCACGAGCACGGAGUCCUCUCCCCUACACCUUGGUGCCGUGGAGACACACUCGCUCCGCAGGUCUGAUCCCUUGCCCCAGAAACUACUGGCCCACUUGGCAGAAGGGGGAGGGGCAGAUGUGUGCUUCUUCAGCCCCUACGUGCUCCGUCUCUCCGGGGCAGGAUUCGCCUACUAUGCUCCAGGGCCGGAGACCUCCGUGUGAACACAAAUGCAAAGUUUGAAACGGUGAAUGUUGUUUCUUUAUGUGAAUCUUGUUAGCUAAAACAUAAAGCAUGUAGUACAUGCAGCGAAGAUAUGCGACCAAGAUCUCCAUCUCAAGGAUCAAGGAUUUAUAGAGCGCAAUACAGACAUGUUCACAUACAUCAAAAGCAUGGGCCCUCCAUGCCGAGUUCACCAUGUGCAUCUUCUGGGAUACACCUGAAUGGACAACCCUUUAGGUAUUAUUGCCCUGACUCCUCAUCCUUAUACUUUGGUGACAUCUUUUUGUUUCUGUCUAGUUCCAGUCUUAGUCCCAUCAAAGUUCCUGCUCAAACUCUUACUUGAAAAAGUCUAAGAACAAAAGGGGAAACACAUGCAAAAGUGCAUUAUUUCUUGCACUAUGGAACUGUCCAGUUUCAACAUGUCAUCAGUCGGGCCUUUUGUAUUCCUUGUCCUCCUUGUCGGUCUCACAUUCUUGCCCGUUCCUCCACUUUUUGUGUCCUUUUUGCUUCUUUGUAAAUGUUUGUUGAAAACAUUUGUGUACAGUAUGUGGUCAGGCCAAGUAAGGGGCAGCUGUCAAGAUCAGCCCUUUAGCCGUGCGUGCGUGUACGUGUACGUGUACGUGUGCAUGUGCGUGAGUGUAUGCAUGAAUGUGCCUGUUAUUGUAUGUUUGUAUGUGACACACGUUUGCCUUACAGGUAACCACACAGCAGCAGGCUAGGAGCCAAAGGAGAAAUGUGUAAAAAAGUAGAAGUGGUGUAUUACUAAGCCUUACACACACGCGCGCACACACACACACACACACACACACACACACA